ACAUCUCCCAGCGGCCCCCGGGUGCGGACGGCCCCGCCGCUUCCCUCCGCUUCCCGCCAUGGCUCCGUUCGAACCGGCGGCGCUGCCCGAGCUGCUCCCGGUGUUUUACCGCCGGCUCUUCCCGCACGGCGCCUACGGCCGCUGGCUCGGCUACGGCGGCGUGGAGAAGAACUACUUCCAGCUGCGGGAAUUCUCCUUCACGCUGCGGGACGACGUGUACGUGCGGUUCCAGUCCUUCGGCAGCCCCCAGGAGCUGGAGCGGGAGCUGCAGAGAACCAACCCCUACAAGAUCGACAUCGGGGCCGUGUACUCGCACCGCCCCAACCAGCACAACACGGUGCACCUCGGGGCCUUCCAGCCCGUGGAGAAGGAGCUGGUGUUCGACAUCGACAUGACCGACUACGACGACGUCCGGACGUGCUGCAGCUCGGCCGACAUCUGCUCCAAGUGCUGGACGCUGAUGACCAUCGCUGUCCGCGUGAUUGACCGCGCGCUCGUGGAGGACCUGGGCAUGAAGCACCGCCUGUGGGUGUACUCGGGACGGAGAGGCGUCCACUGCUGGGUCUGUGACGACGCUGUACGCAAGUGGUCCCCAGCGCUGCGUGCGGCCGCCGUGGAGUACCUGAGCCUGGUGAAGGGCGGAGCUGAGACCGUGAAGAAGGUGAACCUCUCGGAGCCCGUGCACCCCUUCAUCAGGCGGUCGGUGAAUGUGGUGGAGCAGUACUUCGAGGCGUACGCGCUGCAGGGCCAGGACAUCCUGGGCAGCCCCGAGCGCUGGGACAAGGUGCUAGCCCUCGUCCCAGAGGAGCACCGCGAGCUGCUGCAGAGCGAGUUCCCCAAGAAGCGCGACUCGGUGCAGCGCUGGGAGCUGCUGAAGGGCCGCAUGGAGCGGACGCGGCGGGCGGCGGCCAGCGGGAAGGGCACGUCGUGCUACGCAGACUGGGAGAUCAUGCUGCAGUACUGCUUCCCACGCCUCGACAUCAACGUCAGCAAAGGCGUCGGGCACUUGCUGAAGAGCCCCUUCAGCGUCCACCCCAAAACAGGCCGCAUCUCGGUGCCGCUGGACCUGCAGAGGCUGGAUGACUUUGACCCGUUUGCAGUGCCCACCAUCAGCUCCCUGUGCCAGGAGCUGGAUGCGGCUGGCGAUGACGCGGAGCAGGAGGAGAGCGAGGAGAUGGAGACAGAGCCAAAGCGGAGGAUGCGGGACUACCGGCGGACACAGCUGGCACCCUACGUGAAGGCCUUCGAGCAGUUCCUGGAGGAGAUGGAGCGUGCGCGACGUGGGGAGCGGCUGCGGAGGAGCGACCUGCAGGGAGAUUUCUGACCCCCCCUGUCCUUGGGAGGCCACCGACAGACGGCUGCUGCUGCAGUGGGGCAGGGAGCCUGACCCACCUUCCCCCCCCUAGUUCCCUUCUCACUUCUUUUUAUGCUUUUUGUACCUUUUAUACCCAAAAACGAAUAAAGGGCAAUGCUCA